AUGCGUCUGCUGUUGCUCAGUCUCCUGGCGCUGGGCGCGCACGCGCACUCCAUUGGCUACCGCAACAAUCUCUUGGCCUAUGCGCCGGCGCGCGGUGAGUUUCCUGUCCAGAGCCAACUGGCUCAGGGCUAUAUGCGCUAUCUGGACACCACGGGCGCCGAGCGUCUGAUUGCCUUCAAUUAUCCGGAGCCACUCUACGGCAUACGCAGCAUUGAUCAGCAGGUGAAGGUCCAGGAUCAACUGGAGCAGCAGCAGCAGCAUUUGGCGCUCUUCCGCGCCUGGUGCGAGCAGCGCUAUAAUGCCCUGCGUGCAGAGCUGGAGCGCCUGCGCGCCGAGGGCAAACAGCCGUCGGCCAAUAUGCUGGCACAGUACGAGCCGCUGGAGCAGAUUAUCAAGACGAACGCCUUCGAUGCGGUGCCAGGUCUCAGUCCGGAGGUGCAGCGCGCACGCGAUGAGCAUCUGCGCAUUUGGAACGAGGCGCGUCUCCAGGUGCUGCAAGCUGAGUCGACGGUGCCGCAAGCUGAAGCGUCCAAGGAUGCCGUCAUCCAGUUGAAGACCGUGCAAACUAAGACUCCGCUGCCCGUUGCCGCCAGCUGGGAGCAGCAGCCGCAGCUCAAGCAAACCGAGCCGCAGAGCUAUGCUCCCUUGGAAACACCCCAACCCGUGCAGGAGACAGCCGAGGUGCUGCGCGCUCGCGAAGAGCAUCUGAAGCGCUACAACGAGGCACUGCAGCAGCAGCUGCAGCCCGCAGAGCAACAGAAUCAGGAGCAACUCGUCAAGACCAUACCCGUUCAGCCCAUUGAACAGCAGCAGCAGGUGCCGCAGCCCGUCGAGGAGACGCCCGAGGUGAAACGCGCCCGUGAGGAGCACCUGAAGCAAUAUAACGAGGUAAUCCUGCGCCAUGCGGCCGAGGCACAGGCACAGCCCCAGCAGGAAUACAUUGCAACACCCUCUCUGCCACAAGCCGCCCUUAAGGCCGCCAUUCCAAACUCUUCCGGCUACGUUCAAAGCAUCAAGUUGCAUGAGCAGCAGAUUCAGCAGCUAAGUCAAGCCAAGCUGACGGCCGAGGAUAAGGUCGCUGACAUUUCGGACAAGAUACGCUACGAGGAGCGCGAUCGGGAUGCGGAACGCGAGCUGGAGCAGGAGCGUCGUGAGGAGCUCAGACUGCUCGAGCUGGAGCGUCAGCGUGAGCUACAGCGACUAAUGGAGGAGCAGCGCCUGCUCGAUGCCGAGCGCCUGGCACUGCAGCAGCAGGAACGGCAGCGCAUCGAAAGCGAACGCCUCGAGGAGUCGCAGCGUCUGCAGGCCGAGCGCCUGGAGCUGCAGCAGCAGCUGAAGAUCGCCAAUACCUUUGAGCCGACGCCCGCGGAGCAGCCGAGCAGCAGCCUUAAGUUCAUUGCCCAGCCCUCGGCACCGGCGCAGCAACAGCCACAGCCCGCCCAGCCUCAGCAUAUCGCGCAGCAGCAACAGGUCCAGAAUGGCUUCUUCCUGCGCAUUCAGUCCGGCCAGCCAAGUCAGCCCAUCAGUCCGUCCGUGCCCAUCUCUAAGCCCUAUGUGCUGGCCGAGCAUGCGCACAAUCCCUUUUUGGUGCGUUACGUUCAGCAGCCGCAGGCGCUGGUGAAGACCAUUAGCAAUUCGCAGCUGUCAGCCAACUCCAUCUCCUCCAGCGCCAGCGCCUCCAGCGCCUCAUCCUCCGCCGCAACCAUAAAGAGCUCCACCGGGCUCAGCGAACUGGAGCAGGCGACACGCGAGCACUUAAAGGCGCAUGAGAUUGCCUUGGAGCAGCUGCGUCUGGCCAACCUGAAGAAUUCCAAUCUGAUACCAUGUACCCAUUGA